GGAAUCUGCUCUCCUCUUCUUUUUUUUGCUGUUUAUUAUUAUUAUUAUUAUUAUUAUUAUUUUUAACAUUAGUAAAGGAGGAGCCUCGUCAUCGUGCGACUAUAUUAUAUCUGUGGGAGGGUAAUUUUGGGGGAAAGGAGGGGCGUAUAUGUCAGCUGAAAAGAGAGGAAGUAGAACAGUAGAAAGAACGAGUCGGGCAGGUUGAGAGGAGGAAGAGGAACCCGCUCUUUCGUAAUUUUCUUUGUUAGUUGUCUCCUCCUCCGUCCCGGUGGCGGCGGCAGCAGCAGCAGCAGCAGCAGCAGCACGAAGAGUCUCUAAGAGAGAGAGAGAGAGAGAGAGAGAGAGAGAGAGAGAAGCGAGCGGAGCGAAAGAAUGGAGAUGUCUCUUUUAUCCUCUUUUCCAUUUUGAGGGAGACUCGUCUGUUAGCUCGUUACCUCAGCAACCCAAUUCUCACGAUCCCACCCAUCGUAGCCCACGAGUUCGCUCCCUCUUGUUGUUUUUUUUUUUAAAAAAAAAAAUUUAAAUUUUUAUUUGCCCUUUUUUUCGUUGGGUGAUGACCAGUGAAGUGGUUCAGCUCGGUCCUGCUCUUCAUUCUAAUUAGUAUACAUUAUAGAGGACGGCGUAGUUGCUUCUCUCUUCUCUCUUCUCUAUAAUCUAUAUAUGCAUGGAAGGGAGGGAGAGCGUGGUGAUGAUGUCGGGGCCCGAAGGUGGCGGCAGCGGAGCUAAAGCAGCAGCAGCAGCAGCAGCAGUAGGUGACGCCGGAGGAGGAGCGACGAAGGAGUCAGCAUCCUCGACUCCCUCGCCGUCUCCGUCUCCCACCCCGUCCCCAUCCCCGCAAGCAGCAGCUCCCGCCGAGGUUAGUGGUGGCGGCGGUAUUGGUGUUGGUGUUGGUGUUGGGAGCGGAGGAGCGGGAGUUCCCGCGGCCGCUCCAAUACCGUGGCCUGCCACGGGUGUGGGCGUGGGCGGUAUGGGUAUCUACGAGGAGCUGGCGAGAAAGAAGAGGGGGAGGCCGAAGAAGUACGCGCCGGACGAGAUGGAGGUGGAUAUGGAGAUGGAGAUGGAGACGGAGACUGAGACGGAGAUGGGAAUGGGAAUGGGAAUGGGGCUGGCGCUGUCCCCCUCCUCCGCACCCUCCUCUUUCGCCCUCGUCCAUCACUCCUCCCACUUGUCAGCCAAACGGAGUAGAGGGCGGCCACGCGGCUCCGGCAGACGCCAGCUCCUCGCCACUCUUGGUGAGUGGUUUGCAUUCUCCGCCGGAGGGAGUUUUACACCACAUGUUGUAACCAUAGCUACGGGGGAGGAUGUUGCGGCACGUAUACUGUCCUUCUCCCAAAAGGGCCCACGAGCUAUUUGCAUUCUUUCUGCAAAUGGGGCUAUUUCGAAUGUCACCUUACGCCAGCCAGGUUCUUCUGGUGGCACCUUGACUUACGAGGGACGUUUUGAGAUUUUAUCGUUGUCGGGGUCCUUCGCGAUCAGUGAGAAUGGUGGUGUUCGCAGCAGAACUGGUGGUAUUAGUGUCUCACUUGCUGGACCUGAUGGACGUGUCGUUGGUGGGGGAGUUGCUGGGUUGUUGCUUGCGGCUAGUCCAAUUCAGAUUGUUGUGGGGAGUUUCCUGCCCAAUGUAUUCAAGGAGCAUAAAAGAAGGGCUAACCAGGAAUCAACUUUCUCUCCAGUUCCAGCUAGUGGUGGUGUAUUAACAUCUGCAAAGCCUAUAUCUCAAGCAACUCCUCCCGAUGAUGGCUGUAAGAACCUGACGUCAAGUCUACCUGCAGGCCAAGUAUGUGGAGGUGCCGAGAACAGCAGCAUGACCGACCGACCACCGAACCCAAACCCAACUCCUUUCAAGGUGGCGGGCUGGCCUGCCGACCUGCAGUCGGCAGAGCACAAGCCUUCCCCUGAUAUUAAUGUAUGCUUAUCUGGGGAAUAGGCGUUUACCGAGAUAGAACUUUCUGUAGGUGUCUGUCUGACUUUAUCAUGACUGAUCUAACCCGUUGAAUAUGUGAUAGCUUCUCUGUUGGUAGUUCGGAGCAAUGAGUUGAGGACACUCCUCAAGGGUCUAAAAUCUGAUCAUCUAAUUAUUGGGCUGCUUAGGUGGUCGCGUAGUUCUGAUUUGGUAUCUGUAACAGUAGACCUUUAACACCUGCGGGGUUUAAUUUCUGUUUUUACGGUCGUAAUUGUGAUAUUCUCUCUGCUUGUUAUCUAAUGACUAGUGAUGACUACUCUUGUCGGAGGGGCCUAGUGUUUUAUGAAUGGGGCUUCUACUCUAGAGGGGAAAGCUUUGUGAGC